AUGACUGUGGUCCACUCUAUCUCCAGGACCUACAUUUCCCACCACCAUGGCCACUGCCGCAUGGCCUGAGGAGGAGUUUGUGUGCUCUGUCUGUCUGGAGACGCUACGUGACCCUGCCACGUUGCCCUGUGGUCACACGUACUGCCUGCCCUGCAUCCAGGGACACUGGGACCGGAAUGAGGCCAAGGGUCAGUGUAACUGCCCCCAGUGUAGACAGGUCUUCACCCCACGGCCCUCUCUGGCCAAGAGCACAGUGCUGGUGGAGGCCAUGGAGAAACUGAGAAGAAAGGGCAUCCAGGAGCAUCCCUACCUCUCCAUCUCGUCUGCCCCACCAUCCACGCCUGUCUACCUGGAGGUGGAGGUGUGUACGGACACAGGCCUACGCCAAGGGGGGAUGUACCCCCAGCUGCCAGUCGUCAGCCACAGGCUUUGCCCUCAACAUCAGCGGCCCCUAGAGCUCUACUGCCAUGAUGAUAAGGAAUGUGUGUGUGACGAGUGUUGUCGUCAUGGACACAAGGGCCACCGUGUGAUUAAGCCAGAAGAGGAGAGGAAGGAGAGAAAGAGGGAGCUAGUUCCGAUGCAGGCCGAGACACAGAGGAGGAUCCAAGAGAUGGAGAAGGAGCUCAAGGAGUUCCCACAAGCUGCCCAGCUCCACAAAAGCUCAGUCCAUGCCCUACAAAAGGAGGGUGUAGAGCUCUUCUCUGAGCUGGUGAAGAGUGUGGAGCUGAUGAGUACCGAGGUCGGGGAGCUGCUUUGUACCUACGAGGCCUCCAUGGGCAGCCGGUCAGAGGGCCACAUACACAAAAUGGAGCAGGAGCUGGCCCAGCUCCGCAGGAAAGACCAGGAACUCAGCAGACUGGCCAGCAUGCAGGAUCACAUCUGCUUCUUAAAGAAUUUCUUCACCCUGGAGCCCCUCACACAGAAUGGGGGCAGAGAGGGGUUAGGGCUGGGUGAGGAGGCCCUUGUGUCUGAGAUUCAAACCGUGAUGGAAGAGCUAAGAGAUGGACUAAAGGAUCUCUGUAAAUCCAGCAUGGCCAAGCUCUUCCGAACUGUGAAUGAUGCCACUCUUAGUCCAUCUCAGUUGUUCAGUGUUCAAGCUGCAGGGAAUGGAGCAUCUACUGACAACAAUCAGGUGGCUACACAAAUCACAGCUUCCGAGGUGCCAUCAAACCCUCGACUGAACACAGUGAACCAGGUGACCACUGUUGGUUUGGCAAACCCAGAGCCAAAAACCAGAGAAGAAAUGCUCAAAUUUUGCUUAAAUCCGACAUUCGACCCCAACACUGCGUACCGCCACCUGAAACUGGGUGAUGGGGAUCGUAAAGCCACUCUGAAAGCAGAGAAGCAGAACCAUCCGGAGCACCCCGACCGUUUCAUCUACUGGAGACAGAUACUGUGCAGGGAGCCCCUGGCUGGAAGCCCUUACUACUGGGAGACAGAGUGGACAGGCCAGAAGAUCACUAUGGGCGUGGCCUACAGAGACUUGGGCAGGAAGGAGGCUGACGACAGCAGCAGGCUGGGCUACAACGAGCAGUCUUGGAGCCUGAACUGGUCUGGGACGGGCUUCUCCAUGUGGCAUGCUGGGAAGGAGACCCAGCUAAGUUCAACCAAGGCUCGCAGGCUGGGGGUGUACCUGGACCAACAUGAAGGAGUACUGGCCUUCUACAGGAUCUCCAACAACCAGGCCCAUCUCAUCCACUCCCUCCAGACAGACUUUACUGGCCCCCUCUAUCCCGGGUUCCGUUUCUGGUCAGGGGUUGGGGCGUCUGUGACUCUAUGUCAACUGGACUAGGCUGGUAUCUGGUCGUUCAGAUCCAUUCUGGAAACCAUGAGAAGGAAGUCAGCAAUGACAAUACAGUGCUCAGUGCUUAACAACAGUUUAUAGAACUGAUAGGAAAGUUCCAGUAGUAGAUGCUGAUUUGCUGAUAGCUUGUUCCAGCCAUAUCUCAGCUGCUGUCCUAUUGUCAUGUGCCCUUUUGGAUUCUGAGAAUUAUAUUCAAAUGCAUGAUAAAUAAAUAAAAUAAUAAGCAUAAACAAA